AUGCCACCAAUCACCCACAUUGUCCUCUUCCGGUUCAAGCCGGAUACUAGCCGCGACGACAUAAAUGAUGCCUGCGAUCGUAUGCUCAAUUUAAAGAACACCUGUCUGCAUCCAGUAUCAAAUAAGCCGUAUAUCAGAUCCUCGUCUGGUGGAGUGGACAACUCAAAGGAGGGCAUCCAGCAUGGCAUGACACAUGCUUUUGUGGUUGAGUUUGAUAGUGUAGAAGAUCGAGACUACUACGUGGAGAAAGACUCUACCCAUCACGCAUUCAUUAAAAGUCUCGACGGGGUUAUUGAAAAGGCACAGGCGGUGGAUUUUACUGCUGGCGUCUUUUAA